AACCACGCCCACUGAAUGGAUGAUGUCGGGAGGGGGCGUGCCCGUGGGCGGGGCUAUUUUGGAAACCGUAGGUUUCAAACGGGAUUGAGACACGCCCAAUCGGCCACGCCCACUGAAUGGUCUCGGUCGAGGUGGGCGUGCCUGUGGGGCGUGGUCUCGGCUCCAGCUCAACCCAGUUUCAAAGCAACGGUCUCCAGUCCGCAGCCGCCGGAACCCGAACAACAACACAACGUGACCCCAACACACAGUAGGAAGAUGAUGCGCAAGGACCACAACAAGCCUAAGGGCAAAACGUCUGCGUACGCGUUCUUCGUCCAGACGUGCCGAGAGGAGCACCGGAAGAAGAACCCUGAGCAGUCUGUCAACUUCGCAGAGUUCUCCAAGAAGUGCUCAGAACGCUGGAAGGGUCUGACUCCCAGCGAUAAGAAGUGCUUUGAAGACAUGGCGAAGGCCGACAAGGUCCGCUACAACCGCGAGAUGAAGGACUACGUCCCACCCAAGGGCUUCGGGAAGAGGGGCCGCAAGAGGAAAGACCCAAAUGCGCCCAAACGACCACCGUCGGCGUUCUUUGUGUUCUGCGGUGAGUACCGGCCCAGUGUCAAGCAGCAGUACCCUGGCCUGUCUAUAGGAGACUGUGCCAAGAGGCUGGGAGAGAUGUGGAGCAAACUGACCCAGACUGACAAACUGCCCUACGAGGAGAAGGCCCAGAAACUCCGAGAGAAAUACGACCGGGACAUGGUGGCGUACCGUGGAGGUGGACCUUCGUCCGUGCCCCGGGAGGGGCCUCAGCGGCCCAGGGAGGAGGAGGAGGCGGAGGAGGCGGAGGAGGCGGAGGAGGAGGAGGAGGCGGAGGAGGAGGAUGACGACGGAGAGGAUGAAGACGAUGAUGAUGAUGAUGAUGAGUAGGGUCACAGCGGGAGGCGGAGAGAGAGAGAAAGGGAGAGUGUGUAAGCGUGUGCGCACAUGUACAAAAGUGAGUUAUGUUUGUGAUGCAUAUUGGUGUGUGUGUGGUUGUGUGUGAGUGUGGUUGUGUGAGUGUGUGUGAGUGUGUGUGUGUGUGUGUGUGUGUGUGUGUAGGAGUCGUCAGCUAUGUUAAAGUGACCAAUAAAACCAGAGUUAGUAGUCACACCUCCGGCCCCUUACCUAAACGUGUUACCAUGGAAACCCAGCCCUGCCCCACUGAGCUCUGAUUGGUGGAUCUGUGGCCAAUCAGAAGAGAGCCUCAGUGAGUUUUUAUUCUGUUCCGUUGUCACUGUAGAAACUUUUAUAAUAAAACACAAACAAAA